UUACUGAAUUUACCCAAGAUGUCAAUACAUAUUGCAUGUGUAUGUUCGCUGUCUUUCAAUUUCCGUUGAUCAUGGUAUAUUGUAGAGGACUAUGAUGCAUAUGAAAAUGUACUAAAGCUUAAGGAUAGAUACAGGACGUCCAGAAUGUGUAUUUAUCAUGAAUUGGGCGUUCCAACAAUUCAUGUUCAAUACAUUUGUAUCCGACUUGUGAAUGGUUCACAGGAUGUUAAUGAUGGUAGAUCAUACACACAAUAAAUAAUCGGAAGUAAUAAAGACUUAUUGCUGGUACAAAUAGACGAAUAGGCAAAAUCGUGUGUUUUCGUGAAUAACAGAAAUAAUGGAAUUGUGAAAUGGAACCACAACUGGUAAACGGAAGGUAACUUGAAUAAUGUAAAAUGUAUGUUGGCGAAGAGUUUAACACGUACGACGAGUUUGAGACACGUGUAGCCUCGCUUUGUCAACAUCACACAUCAAGUUCUACAGACAGUGGUGGACGGGGUAAACGUGUAAGAGUUAGAUGCAGCCGCGCAGGUAGUGUCUGUGUAAACGUCAUCACAAGACGGGAACUAUGUCAUCACCAACGAACCGUGACGUCACAGUGUCAAUUUAAAAUCAUAUUGACGACGAAGGAGGAUGGAAAAUGUGUCGUUAUUGGUGCGAACCUGGAACAUGACCACGAUAUUUGCCAAGAAAUCUACUUCCAGUUUCCAAACAUACGAUAUCUACAUAAGAACAGUAGCCAUUACGGACUGACCAGGGGACAGCUCGGGGAGGUUGUCGAAUGGCUGGACAAUAGCGGGUCAAAGCAUCCUCGUCUCCAACGCGUGUACAGAUUGUUGAAAAUGGCGCGAUACCAAACACUUGGAGAUCACUGACCAGUAUUAGAAAGGUCGUAUUGCAGUUCGGCAGGUUUUUAUUAAGGCAAUAUAGUCGCUUUACAUGUAGAAGGAAUUUUCACCCGAAUUAGGAGACAAGGCAUUCGCAUUAUAUCAAUAUUAUUACUAUACGUGAAUUUUUAAAUUUUUAACGUCGAACAAAUUAAAAGUAUAGCAGAUCCUUUUAGAAUAACUGCAAUAUAUAUGCAUGUAACAUAACAUCAACCAAGCAUUUAUAACCCUGGUGGCAACAACAGAAACAUCUAUCCCCUGCUUAGGGAAGAAAGAUAUCGUUUGAUCCAUGUGGCUUUAAUGCACUGACUGUGAACCUACCUGCCAUAAUCAAUGGAUUAGAAAAAUAAAUCAAAAUUGACUUCGAAAUAAGAUGUAAAAUCCACUUAAAUGUCUGUUUCCGGGUUCGUCUCUUAGUCACAGAACUGUGUGUAAAGCAUUGUCAACUUUAAACAAUAAAAUAC